GAAGCACGUGUUGCGUCAAAACAAAUCAACACAUUUAUCCAUUUAUUAGUGUACAAGUUUAAUAAACAGUCACAGGAAUGACAACUGACAAUAAUCUGGAACCUAGUGAUAGGAGAAUUCUGGUUCAGUUUAAAAGUGAGACAGGAGAAGUUAAAGGAAGUCCGUUUGAUAUACCUAUAGAUAUAAAUUCAGAGAAACUACAACUUGUAUGUAAUGCACUGUUAACAAAUGAAGAAAAAGUUCCCUACACAUUUUUUGUGAAAGAAACAGAGAUCACAGAUACAUUAUCUAAGGCUUUAGAUAAAGACACAUUAGAACAAUCAGAGGAGGUAUUGGACAUUAUAUAUCAACCACAGGCUAUAUUCCGUGUCAGACCAGUCACUAGAUGUACUAGUUCUAUAGAGGGACACGCUGAGGCUGUUAUUUCUGUAGGGUUCAGUCCUGAUGGGAGAUACCUGGCUAGUGGGUCAGGUGAUACAACUGUCAGGUUUUGGGAUAUUUAUACAGAAACACCACAGUUUACUUGUAAAGCACAUAAACAUUGGGUAUUGUGUAUAACCUGGUCACCUGAUGGUAAAAAGUUAGCGUCAGGCUGUAAAAAUAGUCAGAUAUGUAUAUGGGACCCCUCCACAGGGUUACAGACAGGAAAAACCUUAACGGGACACAGACAGUGGAUUACAUGGUUGGCAUGGAAACCAUUACAUUUAGACCCAGAAUGUAGAUUCCUAGCAAGUUCCUCAAAAGAUGGAACAGUAAGACUAUGGGAUACAUUACUGAGUACAUGUACUCUUAUCUUAUCUAGCCAUUUACAGUCUGUGACAUGUGUGAAAUGGGGAGGGACUAAUCUACUGUAUACAGCAUCACAAGACAGAACAGUUAAAGUCUGGAGAGCUGAGGACGGUGUACUUUGUCGGACUUUACAAGGUCAUGGCCACUGGGUGAAUAUUUUAGCACUAAGUACAGACUAUGUUAUGAGAACAGGAGCAUUUGAUCCAGCCAAAGCUACAGUUGUACAUCAAGAGGUCACAGAUACAGGAGAAGAAUUACAGAAAAAAGCUCUGGAAAGAUACAACACAGUUAAGGGAUUACAACCAGAAAGACUGGUUUCAGGUUCAGAUGAUUUUACUUUGUAUUUAUGGAACCCAGAAGAAGAAAAGAAACCAAUUUGUCGUAUGACGGGACACCAGCAGUUAAUUAAUGAUGUAAAGUUUUCCCCAGACACCAGAUUAAUAGCUAGUGCUUCCUUUGACAAAUCAGUGAAAUUAUGGGAUGGCAAAACAGGACAGUUUAUAGCUACACUGAGAGGUCAUGUGAAUAGAGUUUACCAGGUGGCUUGGUCAGCUGACAGUAGACUGAUUUGUAGCGGUAGUUCUGAUUCAACAUUAAAAGUUUUUGAUGUAACAAAGAAGAAAAUAUUGUUAGAUUUACCAGGACAUGCUGAUGAGGUCUAUGCAGUUGACUGGAGUCCGGAUGGACAAAGAGUGGCAAGUGGGGGUAAAGAUAAAGUCCUUAAAAUAUGGAGAAGAUAGAGACAAAGACAAACAGAGACUUAUAGUGCAAUCUUUACACAUAAAAUAUUUUAUUAUA